AUGGCCGACACAGAUCUUUGUGAUACUAAUGAGCUCCGCACGGUCUUCUCUAAGGCCAUGUCCAGAAUGUACCAGGAUGAAGUUCCCCUCUACUCGGACCUCCUAGACAUCGUCACUGAGGUGAACGGCGAGGUUUUGGGCAAGUCUGGUCUGGAUUACCAGCACGAGACCGACAUUGACAUUGCUCGAAUCACUCUGGAGCGACAUGGUGCUAUCAGACUGGGCACUCCAACAGAAUUAGCUACGAUCAGAAGACUCUUCGCCCAGCUCGGUAUGUUUCCAGUUGGCUACUAUGAUUUGAGCAUCGCUGGUCUCCCCAUGCAUGCUACCGCUUUCCGGCCUCUGGCAGGGGAAGCGCUUCGGCGAAACCCAUUCCGCAUCUUCACAACUUUACUGCGGCCCGAGUUGCUCUCAGAGGAGCCACGACGCUUGGCUCAAGAGAUUCUCUCAUCACGCAACAUUUUCCCGGCGAAGUUGAUGGAGCUACUAGGCGACGCAGAGAGGCGUGGCGGUGUCUUGAAAAGCCAGGUUGACGACUUCAUCCGAGAGAGUCUGUCCAUCUUUCGGUGGCAGAAGGUUGCAGUGGCAACAUAUGAAAAAUAUCUCGAGCUCAAGGCCGAGCAUCCUAUUCUGGCCGACGUGGUGUCAUUUCCAACGUCACACAUCAACCAUCUGACACCGCGAACCUUGGACAUCGAUCUUGCCCAAGACGCCAUGCAGAGCCGUGGCAUGCAAGCCAAGGAGCGUAUUGAGGGUCCUCCCCGCCGCAAGUUUCAGAUUUUACUCCGCCAAACCAGCUUCAAGGCAUUAAACGAGCAAGUUGACUUCCCUGCUUCUUCCAGUGGACAUGACAUGGUGCGUGGUGUGCAUAGUGCACGCUUUGGAGAAAUUGAACAACGCGGAUGGGCCCUCACCAAAGAGGGCCGAGCACUUUACGAUCGAUUGAUUGUCGAAACUUCCAAGUCUUUUGCUGCAGCAUCCUCGCAGAGCCAAACAUACGACGAAAUACUUGAGCAUGUCUUCAAGCAAUUUCCAGACGAUGUUGACGCUCUUCAGAAGCAAGGCCUCGUAUUUUGCCGGUACAAAUUGACCAAGAAGUGGGCACUAAGCCAAUGGGCUGGCAGUAAAGAUGUGUCCUCAUUGCCGUAUCUUGUCAGCAAGGGCCUUGUCACUUUCCAACCCAUCACAUACGAGGACUUCCUUCCCUUCUCUGCAGCUGGCAUAUUUCAGUCCAAUUUGGGGACAUCUGGUUCCAACACCGAUAUUGUAAGCGGAACUCCUGAUCAGGAACAGUUUGAAAAGUGCCUGGGGCAAAAAACCGCGGAUCCCAUGGAGCUCUAUCAGGAGAUGGAAUCUCAAAGCAUCUCAGACAUCUGGUUGGAAAUGGAGAAAUCGCGACCUGCAGAGACAGAAGCUCCGUUGAGUAUUGCCCACCAAGUACCAGGCAUUAGCAUUAGCAUUCGUUAG